ACUCUUGCGAUCCAAAGCCAUUGAAAAACCAAGCAUAUCUCUCUCCCUCGCUCUCUUUCUCCUCUGCUUUCGUCUCCGAGAAACCUCUGUUCUGUUUUGUUUUCUAUCUCUUGUUCUUUCUAUCUUGUCAAAUCCCAGAGCGUCUGGUCGGCAACGCGUGAACACUGUCCACACUCUCUUAUUAACACUCCCCAAACUUCCAUCCUCACUUGUGUGAAAUCAGAAUUUGGUUUCAGACGUUUUUGAGAGAACCCAAAUCGAGAUUCACUUAUUUAAUCACUUGGUUGGCUCCAGAGAAUAAGAUUAGAAGAAACUCGAUGAUUACAGUGAUGGAUUCAAUGAAAGAACAGAGGAGGAAGCCACAAAAGAGCUUAGAUUCUCAACUAUGGCAUGCCUGUGCUGGUGGAAUGGUUCAAAUGCCACCAGUGAACUCCGAGGUCUUCUACUUUCCUCAGGGCCACGCUGAACACGCCCGAGGGACUGUGGAUUUUGGGAAUUCUCGGAUUCCUCCAUUAAUCCCUUGCAGGGUAUCUGCAAUUCAAUACCUGGCAGACUCUGAGUCUGAUGAGGUCUAUGCCACAAUAAAGCUGAUUCCUUUAAGAGAUUGUAACUAUUUUGAUGAUUAUGGUGGUGUUAAUGGUAUUGAAUUUGAUGGAAUUGGUGGGGUUGAUAGCCGAGAGAAGCCGGCUUCUUUUGCUAAGACAUUGACUCAAUCUGAUGCUAACAAUGGUGGGGGUUUCUCUGUUCCUCGUUAUUGCGCGGAGACUAUAUUUCCUAGGUUGGAUUACAGAGCUGAGCCUCCUGUGCAAACCAUUCUUGCUAAGGAUGUUCAUGGUGAGACUUGGAAGUUUAGGCAUAUUUAUAGGGGGACGCCCCGUCGUCAUCUCUUGACGACUGGGUGGAGUAAUUUUGUGAACCAGAAGAAGCUUGUGGCUGGAGAUUCGAUUGUGUUCUUUAGGGCGGAGAAUGGGGAUCUUUGCGUUGGGAUUCGUAGGGCUAAGAGAGGGAUUGGGGGUGGAUUUGACAGUACAGUUGGAUGGAAUUCCACAGCUGGAAAUGGUGGGUAUUCCUCCAUGUUUAUGAGAGAGUGUGAGGGGAAACCAAUGAGAAAGAAUUUUAAUGGAGAUUUGAGGGGAAAGGUGAGGAUUGAGUCUGUUGUUGAAGCUGCAACACUUGCUUCCAAUGGGAAACCCUUUGAGGUUGUUUACUAUCCUCGCGCUAGCACUCCCGAGUUCUGUGUCAAAGCCUUGUCUGUGAGGUCUGCAAUGCAGAUCCAAUGGUGUUCUGGGAUGCGGUUCAAAAUGGCAUUCGAAACCGAGGAUUCAUCUCGGAUUAGUUGGUUUAUGGGAACCAUAUCUUCUGUUCAGGUUGUUGACCCUAUCCGUUACCCAAGUUCUCCAUGGAGACUUCUGCAGGUCGCGUGGGACGAACCAGAUUUACUGCAGAACGUGAAGCGUGUUAACCCAUGGUUGGUUGAACUGGUAUCGAACAUCCCAGCGAUUCAUCUUUCGCCCUUCUCGCCACCAAGAAAGAAAUUACGGCUUCCACAACAUCCAGACUUUUCUUCUUUCAUGAAUCACCUUCCAAUGCCAUCGUUCACCGGCAAUCCCCUCGCAUCCAAUAGUCCCUUAUGUUGCCUUUCUGAAAACAUACCUACAGGCAUACAGGGAGCCAGGCAUGGUCAAUUUGGGCCACCUUCAGAUCUCCACUACAACAAACUGCAGUUGGGUCUGUUUCCAGUUGGUUUCGAGCAGCUUGAUCAUGCUCCCCCAACAUAUGAAAUCCCAAAUGGCAACUAUGUGGGAAAGACUGAAAACAACGAGAGCAUAUCUUGCAAGCUAACAAUGGGAAAUUCUGCUCAUAUCUCGAAGGAAAACAAUGAAUCAAAGACACCUCAUUUCUUUUUGUUCGGUCAACUCAUUCUACCGGAGCAGCAGAGUACUUCUCAGAGCUGCUCUGGCGAUACUGCUACCGGGAAUACUUCAUCAGACGGGAAUUUAGAGAAAAUGGUUUCUGAUGGUUCUGGUUCUGAAAUACUGCAAAAUGGUCCCAUGGAAAGCUCAUCAGAUGAAGGGUCUCCAUGUUACAAAAAUCAUCAAAAGGUUGAUCUUGCGUUGAAGACUAGCCACUGCAAGGUGUUCAUGGAAUCGGACAAUGUUGUUAGAACCCUAGACCCUUCAGUCCUUAGUUCAUACGAAGAGUCACCAGCAUGUUUGGUCUCUCAAGUUCAGAGAUGCUGAUCAGCAGUGUGCUAUAGGCCGGCGCUGUCAAGCGCACCGGAGAUGAACCCGUCAGUGAGUUUUUGAAGAAAGCCAGAAGGCUAAUUCUUUACUUGCAGAUUCAAGUAGUGGCAACAUUUGAGACUAGAGAAUGAGGAAUCAUGCACCCAGUAAUUGUACAGUCAGGGAUUAAUAUUGUAGCUUGAUUUUAGUGUUUUAUUGGCUUCUCCCCUUUUGAAUUUCAUUUCUUCAUCCAAUCUUUGAACAUUUGUAUCAAUAACUUUUGUAGCUAAUUAAUCAGCUGCAACUAUUGUUUGGUUUUGCAAAAUUAUUGGUCUUAUUUUCU